AAUGAAGAGUCCAAGGGGAACGAGGAGAAUGUCAAGAGGAUUCAGAACUAUCGAAAGAAAGUUGAAGACGAGCUUGCUAAAGUUUGUAAUGACAUCUUGUCUGUCAUCGACAAACAUCUCAUUCCGUCGUCUACUGCUGUGGAGUCCACCGUGUUUUUCUACAAAAUGAAAGGAGAUUAUUACCGAUAUCUGGCAGAGUUCAGCUCUGGUGCUGAACGCAAGGAAGCUGCAGAUCAGUCUAUUGAAGCAUAUAAGGCUGCUGUUGCUGCUGCGGAGACUGGAUUGGCACCAACACAUCCAGUUAGACUUGGCUUGGCACUGAACUUUUCUGUUUUCUACUAUGAGAUCUUAAACUCUCCUGAACGCGCAUGUCAAUUGGCUAAGCAAGCAUUCGACGAUGCAAUAGCUGAACUUGACAGCCUGAACGAGGAAUCAUACAAGGACAGCACUCUUAUCAUGCAGCUACUUAGAGACAAUCUCACCUUGUGGACUUCAGACCUCCCAGAGGAAGGAGACGAGCGAGCCAAGCGUGAUGAGCCUCAGGAAGAGAACUGAAGUCCUGACUCCUCUGUGAGAUGAGAAACAACUCUUGAUGCAAGCCUCGUUUGCUCUAGAUUGUGUAUUUUUUUUAUUUUGUCUUUGGUGAUGAUGUUUUCAGAUCUUUGACGUUCUACACUUGAACACUGCGUAUCUU